UUGGAGGAGGAGCCUGGCGAUGGCGGAUGACACCGAGGAUGUGGAGCUGGACUAUGCUGCAGACGAGCAGGAGAGGGCGCGGAGAGGUGCACUCAUCAGACACCCCCUGGCCUCCUUUUUUCACCUUUUCUUCCGAGUGGGUGCCAUUGUCAUCUACUUGCUGUGUGACUGGAUCAGCAAGAACUUCUCAUCAUGCUUUGUCCUGAUUAUCACUCUGCUCUCUUUCGACUUCUGGUCGGUUAAGAACGUGACAGGCCGGCUGCUGGUGGGCCUGCGCUGGUGGAAUCAGAUUGAUGAGGAUGGAAGGAGCCUCUGGGUGUUCGAGGCCAAAAAGACAUCACGAGAUAGCACCAUCGGGACAGAAGUAGAGGCAAGGAUAUUUUGGCUUGGUCUCAUCAUUUGUCCUCUUAUUUGGACUUUCUUCUUCUUCACAUCUCUCUUCUCCUUGAAGAUUAAAUGGCUGUCUCUGGUGGUGGCUAGUAUUUCCCUCCAAGUGGCUAACCUUUAUGGUUAUCUACGGUGUAAGGCAGCAGAGCAGGACCACCAGCCUCCAGACAAGAGCUCUUUGACGAGACAGCUCCUCCUGCAGCGUCCAGACAUCAUCUUUGGGAUUCUUUAAAAGUUGACUCCUGGAGGUGUACAUCCUCUCUGCUGCGCUUGUGGACACUCGAUACAAAGAUGCCUUGUUUUUCCUACUUUUUUUGUGCCUUCUUUAUGCUUUUGUUUCAGACUAUGUACCUGACGUGUUUCCCAUGCGCUGAGCAAAACAAUGUGUCAAUAAAACUUAAGUGCAUUUAC